GAUUUGGAUCGUUCACAUCUGAGUCCAUGCAUCAGACGCUGCACUUAAUGUCACCAAAGUGGGCAUCACAAAAACAAAGAAGGGAGGUAAGACCAAGCAAAAUCUUCAUCUAUUCCCAAACUCCUAUUUGUUAAUUCUUGUCCCAUCUGAAAACCUCAACUUAAAAUGUGAUACAUGAUUCAGCAGCAAGUGAAGUUUCCCAGCCUGAAUGCAGACAUUUCUUUUGAGAGUGAUGCUCAAAGCAGUUUGAAUGAAGCUUUUCUAUUGGGGUUUGAAAAGAACUUAGAACCACUCUAAACACAAUGGAAAUGUGCUACCAGGUUGAGGAGAAAUGCUGCAGUAAUGAUGCAUGCUGCUGUGAGCGAAGGGUUACCAAGCCAGCAGCUCUCAUUUUGUCUUUGGAUUUUGCUGUGUCUUUGGUUAUCACUCUGUUUCCUUCCAGGACAAUCCCAAGGGCAGCACCACCAGUCACACCUGUCAGCCUCAGCAGCAGUGCAUUGGGUGCUCAGACAGCUCAGGGCCCCAUCUGCCCCUUCACCUGGGAGAAAAGCAGCAGCGCUGCUGUGCCUGCUCUGUACGAUGCAUUCUCCGGGCCAACAUUUGCUCACUGCAAACUGGAGAGCAACAAACGCGCAUGUCUGACUUGCAGAGCACUGAGGUAGCUGGAACAGAAAGCAGCUCUGAGGUUUCUUCUCCCUGGGCCUCACAGCUCUGAACAACAGAGCCGGGCAGAGCCCCUGAGCUCCUUUGGUCCCAAAUUUUGAUAGGGACAUUCUCUUCUUCCUUAACUGCCCCUCCGGUUCUCUGCUAAGCAUGCGAUCUGCCCUCAGCACUGCAGGUUUGCCUGGGAGGAGAACUGGACACCCUCAGGUGCCAAAAAGCGCAUACCAUCUGGCAAAAGAAAAAAGGGAAUAAACUUGGAGCAAGAAGAAAUACCUUAAAUCCAACAACUCCACAGCGAAGACUUUGCACCAGCCAACCACCCCUCCGGAGCCCUCCUCCUGCCCUGGGCGGCCCUGAAAUGAGGGGCAGGCUGCUGCUGCUCCUCUUGUUGGGAUUUUUGCUGUUCUUGGCCCCUGGUGCCUCAGGGGAAUGGGACCUCUCAGAGAGCAUGACCUGCUUGCAGGACAGGCUGGAGCUGGAGCUUCCCAGAGAGCUUGGCAAUUACACGUGGCAUGUGCGUGCAGUGGAUGUGAGCGGGGAGGAGAUGAUGUCUUGUGAGCACACUGUAGAUUAUGAGAAGCUGCUGCUCAGUGCCCUGUUGGUGAACUGCACUAGCCUGGAGCAUGGGCAGUACCAGCUGAGGCUGCUCCUGCUGCUGAAUGGCACUGCGGGAGAGGAGAGGAACGUCACCUACAGCGCUCACUGCAGCGCUGCCCACGGAGAUGAAAUCAUCGCUCCUCUCUUUGUUGGUGAAACGAACUGCACAAAAGAUUCCAUGGCAGUUACUUUCCCAGGACCAAGCCUCAGUGAUGAGCACCUGGUUCAGGUGGCUGUGCUGACUGGGACUCUGACAAUUGAUGAUGGAAUCAAGGUACAUCAGCUGAGCCUCGGGGAAGCCAUGCAGCAUGGCUACAGCUUUCUGGCUGAUGGACACCACCUGGUUUUCCAGGCAGCCUUCACUGCCACUGGAGUUGUCUCCUACAAGCACAACCACAAGGCACUCUACACUGCGGCACUGAAGCUCAUGUAUGGCCCUCCUGAACACAGACUGACCGUGGAGUCAAGAAUGCUUUGUGUUCCAGGUCCAGUGUUUUGUAACACGACACACAUGACUGUUGCCAUCCCAGCCUUCCCAGGAACCCUUAUGGCUGUAGCUGUGGAAGAUGAGACCAUCCCAAUGGACCAGCUCCAGGACAAAGGCAUUACUCUCAAAACAACAGUAGGGGUUGAGCUGCAUGUCAGCAGGAGAGUCCUGAAGUCUACGCUACACGGGGAGAGCUGCCCAAGAGUUCAGUCCUACCUGUCCUCCUUGAAACUGACUUUUCAUUUCCAUGAGGAGACUGUGGCAAUGGUGAUGCAUCCGCAGUGCCCCUGUGACCAGCUCACACCGAUAGCUGCUGCAUGCACCCGGGACGGGUACAUGGAUUUUGAAGUCCUUGCUGGCAGUACUACACCACCCCUAGUCCUGGACACGCUCAGGCUCAGAGAUCCCACAUGCAAACCUGCCUCCAGGUCUCCCUUGAAUGAUAGGGCCUGGUUUCAUGUCCCACUGAGCGGGUGUGGGACCAGGUACUGGCUCGAAGGAGAGAAGAUAAUGUAUGAGAAUGAGGUGAGGGCGCUGCGGUCUGACAGUGUGCUGCACAGGAUCUCAAGGGACAGUGAGUUCAGGCUAACAGUGCUGUGCUCCUUCAGCAAUGGCGAUGCCUCUGUCUCUGUAAGGGUUGACAACCCUCCCCCCCUGGCUGCUUCCACGAACCAAGGCCCCCUCUCUUUAAUCCUUCUAAGCUACCCAGAGGACUCAUACAGGCAGCCGUACCAUGACGACCAGUACCCCAUAGUGAGGUACCUACAGCAGCCCAUCUUCAUGGAAGUGCAGGUCCUGAACCGCAAUGACCCUAACCUCUAUCUCCAGCUGGAUGACUGUUGGGCAACAGCAUUGGAAGACCCAAAGUCACUUCCACAGUGGAAUAUUGUUGUUGAUGGGUGUGAGUAUGAACAGGACAGUUACAGGACCGUAUUCCAUCCCGUGGGCCAUGGUGUCAGCUAUCCCAACUAUCGCCAGAGGCUGGAAGUAAAGGCUUUUGCUUUUGUAUCUGGUGACAAGGCCCUCCCCGGCCUAGUAUACUUCCACUGCAGUGUCCUCAUCUGCAGCCGCUUCCAGCUGGACUCCCCUCUGUGCACAGCGAGGUGCCCCAGGCUGCCUAGAAGGAAGCGAGGCAGUGGGAUGUUGGGUGCCAGCUCUGUGGUGAGCCUGCAGGGUCCUGUGCUCCUGGUGCCCCAUGGAUGGGCAGCAGCACAAGGGGGCACUUUGCUGAGCAAGGUGGUGUGGGCUGCAGUGACUGCAACUGCUGUUGGUGUUUUCUCUCUGAUGGCCAUAAUGCUGCUAUUUAUGGAUCUUCUUAAAUGCUUGAAGAGAAGAGCCUUGGUGGUAAAUGUGGUGUAUUAACGCAUUUGUUAACGAACGUGUAUUAAAAAUGUGGCUUUUCAGGCAAGAGAUGUA